AUGUCGCUUUGGACUAAUGAAUUUGAGCCAAAAACGGCCCACGAACUGCUUGUAAACAAAAGCAAAAUAAUAGAAGUAAAGAGUUUCUUGGAUAAUUCAUUUAUAAGAAUAGAUUUGAGCCAAAGCUUAAGAAAAAAUAUAUUGGUAAUUUUCGGUCCAAAUGGUGCUGGAAAAACCACAAUUUUACGUUGUCUAUGUAAUAACAUUAAAAUUAUUAAGUGGGAUCCUCCAACGGCACUUAAUGAAGGAAUUGGAGCGAGUUUUUAUCGUUUUAUUUUUAAUUCUCUAUUUUUUUCCAAGGCAAGUUCAAAUGAAAAAGUUUUAAUACUCAUUAAGGAUCUCCCAUUCACACUAUUACAACAUAAUACGCAGAUUUUGAUUGAAAUAAGACUAUUUUUAUCAAAAAUGAUCCUUAACCCCUCCCUUACUAUACCAAUUGUAUUUAUAGCAAGUGAAGAUAGAAACGACCGGCAAUUCUUGAAAUUGUUACUUCCUGGAGAACUUGACGUUUACAAUGAGACCUGUGCUGAUAAGAAACUCUCUGGGAAAAUCAAAAUAGUAAGGCUAAACCCAAUUCCAUCAACUGUAAUAAAAUCUAAAUUGAAAUACAUAUUAAAAUUCAAAAGAAUAUUAGUUGGAAGAAAUGAAGAGAAUUUAAUAGAAAGAAUUGUUCAAACUUCCAAUGGUGACUUAUACCAUGCGGUUUCCCAACUUCAAUUUCAUUUUGGAGAGAGCAAAGAUAUUUGUAUGAAAAAUAACACGCAAAACCUGUCGUUUAAAUCAGAACUUUCAUUUUCUGGAAAAAAACGUAGCAAUGAUUUGAAUAAUCAUGAUCAACAUAGCCAAAGUCUAUAUAAAACUUUCAAUAAUUUUGGUAAAGAACCUAUGUAUAAUGUAUUUAGAACAAUAGGGAAGAUACUAUACAAUAAACGUGAAGAAGACACAAACAAAUUUAAACCGGAAUAUAUACCUAUUACAUAUACAAAACGUACAAAGAUGAAUUCAGAAUUUUUAGAUAUUUAUGAUAAUAGAGUUGGUUUAACACAAUAUGUUAAUAUAGAAAAAGAUUCAAAUUGCAAAAAUUAUUGUGAAGGCUUUAAAGACUUAUGUGAACAUUUUUUUAGUUCUCAUAUUAUUCAAGAGGAUUCUUUGAAAGGACAAUUAUCAUUUGACCUAGAAGAUCUAUUGCUUUAUUCAGGAGUAGAGGAUAACUCAUUGAUUCUAUUGCUUCAAGAAAACUACAUUCCAUUCAUUGGUAACUGCAUGGACACAAUUUUUUGCUCUGAUAUUUUUUCUUGGUCAGAUAUUUAUACUAAGGAUCUAAAUUCGGACAAUUUUUCUUCCUCAAUUUUGGUAUCUUGUAUUGCAAGAACUAUAUUAUAUUUCAAUUCAAAACCAUUAAAUCCAUGUUCAUCUGAUUACCAAACACAAGACAACAUAAAGGCUGGUUUUAGCAGAAGCCAAUCCUCACUGUGGAAAAAACAGGAAUGUAUACAAAAUGGGAAAUUUAAGAUGAACAAUUUAGUUGAUAAAUUAAAGAAAACUAAGUUUAAAUGGCAUCCAAAAAAGCCUGCUUUCAAAACUUUUAUUUCUAAUUUAGAAAUAUUGAAAGAAGACUAUAAGAACUUAGUAGAAAAGUGUUUACCUUCUUUCACUGAAAAAGACAAUUAUAUCUAUUUAUUAUGCAACAAAUCCGUAUUUACAGAAAUAUUUCCAUACUUGAGUUACUUUUUUGUUUCAAAAAAUAUUAGUUUUACCCUCAACAGUACCAUUAAUAAUGAGCUGGUUAUUUUUUUAAACAAUUGGAAUAAAUACAGUAAAUAUAUUCCUACAUCUCAAUUAAACUUUAAGGACAAUACAGGUGUGGGCUUGGGAAAUGGCCCAAAAUUAUAUUGCUAUGAUCAAAACUUUAAUACAUCUUAUUGCGAAUAUCUAAGUGAUGAACAAUUAGUAAGUAUUUUAGAAACAUGUGAUGUAGAAAACCUCCAAAGUAAUCCAACUGUAAAUAACUGUUUUGAAUUGAGAAACUUAAACUGUAGUAAUAACGAUAUACAUAAUUCAAUCAGUUCUUCUGAUGAAUCAGUAGAUGAUGAUUCUGAAUAG